AUGAUCGCCAAGUUGGCAGUGCUCGUGGCCUUUGUGGCAGCUGCGACAGCAACGCCUGCGCCCAAGCCUGGCAAGGACGGCAGGUAUACCAUCUCGUCGCGCGGCAUCAAGGCACAGUUCAUCCCUUAUGGCGCUACAUUGACCAAUCUAUUUGUCAAAGACAAGUAUGGCAAGGACGUGGAUGUUGUCCUCGGCUACGACGAUGUCGAUUACUACCCUGUCGAUCCCUCUCACCCGGUGUACAAUGCGAUCCCGGGACGGUACGUCAAUCGCAUUGGCGGAGCCAACUACACCAUUGACGGUGAGCUGUACUUGACCGAGAAGAACGACGGGGACAACACUCUCCAUAGUGGCACCAACAACUGGUCGUUCCGCGACUGGGAGGUUUCCCAUUUCACAAAGGACUCCAUUACCUUCUCGAUCCUCGACGCCUCCAACUCAUCGCAGGGCAUGCUUGGUGAUGUCUACGCUUCGGUGACGUACAGUGUCAAGGGCAGCACCUGGAAGAUUAGCAUGGAGGCCACCUCCCCGGAAGCGAAGACACCGCUCAUGCUGACGCAGCAUACAUACUUCAAUCUGGAUGCGUACAAGAAUCCCGACACGGGGAAAAUCUGGAACCACACAUUGUACAUGCCGUACUCGCAAAAGUACUUGGUGGCAGACGAUUCGGCCGUCCCUACCGGCGAGAUCGCUGUCGCAGAGCCGGGAAGUAUCAAUGACUUUGCCAGCCAGCGUGACAUCCAGCUUGGACAUGCCUCAGAUGAUCCCGCGUUCCCUGGAAACUGCGGCGCUGGCGGCGCUUGUGAAGGGUACAACGGCUACUGGUUGAUCGAGGACGCGCCAAAGGACGCUGUGGUCCUGUCUCUCGUCAGCACCUUUUCUGGCAUCAGCGCGGACCUCAAGACGGACCAGCUUGGUGUCGUGAUCUACUCGUGCAACUGGUUCGAUGGCAGUCAGUCGCUGAAGAGGACCCAGGGCUUGGAGGGCAGGACGACUGUCGACCGCAGCUCGUGCGUCGCCAUUGAGGCUCAUGACUAUGUCAAUGGAAUCAACGAGCCGCAAUGGGGUCGGAAGGAGGCCCAGCUCACAGGCCCAGGAGAGACCUACAAGUGGGAGAGCGCGUGGACAUUUGGGCUCACCUGAAGCCCGAUCCAUCCUACGCGGAAGGGGUAGAGCGUUAUGUUUGUUUGUGUAGCCGGAUGACCGGGGCCUGGUGAAGAAGGAUGAAUCGUUGUUACUUGUUUG